GUUAUGUGUAACCUAUUCAAAAAAUAAUUUCGUUCAAGAUAAUUCAAUGUAAUUCUAUAAACGACAAACACACUUCGUGUGUUGUGUAUGGUUAUUUUAAAAAUGUACAUAAGUGGUUUAAAAGCACAAUUUUUACACAUUUAAGAGGUAAUCGCUCACAUUUAUGUCUAAUUAAUGAUAAUUUUAUGCAUUAGCAAAGAUUUAACGAGAAAAACUGAAGUUUAAGUUGAACUCAAUUUGCUAUAGGAAAACGACGGUAGCCGUUUAGACGUAAGCGGGGUAGCUUACGUCUAAUUAUUUGGACUAGUAGCACCUAUUCCGAUUUUUUUUAAUAUGCAGUUGGCCUGAGGCAAGGCAACGGAAUCGUCCGAGCGGAAGAGGAACGCCAGCGUCCCUUUGACGUUACGUGUUUUCCACGAGUUUCCCACGUCGCCGCCGACUUUCCCAUCGACAACAGCCCAAGCGAAGGAGAAUGACGACAACGAUAAUUCGUUGAUUUUGGUUAUUGAAAUUACCGUCCCAUGCGUUGUCGCUGUUGUCGUCUGCGUUUGUCUUAUCGUGUUUCUCGUACGACAUAGGUUAGCCAAAGCGGCGCAAACGAAGUACGCGAUAAAAGAGGUCGAGAAAUCUCGGUCGCUUCAUCGACGAUCCAUCAGCAUGUUAUCGUCAACGCCAAUAAAUCCGUACGAUCUGGCGAGAGCUUACGCGAAGUUAUCAAUCGACGUAAUCAUCGAAGAAACGGAGAAACCACUAAACGACGACUAUUCCAAGUUGCGUUAUUCGUUGAACGACUACGCUGACGUCACCGAUACUUUGACGCCGACGCCGAGUAGCUCAGGAAUGGUUGCGUCGCAGGAAAUCUCGUCGGAAAACGGCGGCGACGUCAUGGAAUCCACGACCGCUUCGUUUGGUCAGCUUUAUUCUGUGGUAGACAAACGAAAGCAGCGUAAGCGAAUAAUCGGAGCUACAUGCGCUAACGCUGCUGACUUCGUUGACUCAACCACGGCCGGUGUCGUUGAUUGUGACGUCACCAAUGACGUCACUGGGUAUGAAGAUGUGGGCGUCGGGCGUUACGUCGUGGAUGGCGUCAACGCUGUUGUAGAGCGUGACGGCACUUGUAAUGUCGUUACGGACGUCGAGAGUGGCGUCGCGGACGACUUCAAUAAUGACGUUGAGAGUGACGUCAACAAUGAAGACGUCGCUAAUGACGUCAACAAUGACGAUGCGAUGUCUGAAGAACAUAACGUUGGUCACAAAAGAAUGGCGUGGCACGAAGAUAGAAAUUACAAUCACGAUUUCGGUGACGAUGGCAAUGACUUGUAUUAAAAGCCAAUUCGUAUAAAAUUAUGUAAAUAAAGUAGAACAUUGAAGAUUGAAAUAGUGAAUCAAUGUGUGUAAAAAAUGUCUUAGCAAGUACUAUAUUUAUAGUUCAUUAUUUGACAUAGUUGAAUUAAAUAGAUAGAUACUUU